UCUUAUCAUGUGGAGCCAUGUUUCAGAAUAGUGUCUUUAUCUGUCAUGUAACUCUGAUGCUUUGGUAGUGGAUGAAUCAAUGAAUGCAUGCCAGCAUUAAGAACAUGAUAAUCUUUGACAUUAUCACCACCAAAUAUGAUGAGAACAUCCCAAAAUCGUCAGUUAUAACUGUAGAUAUAUCUUAUUUUUUGUGGUUUUGUUUGUUUGUUUAGUUACAUUUAAGACAUAAACAUCAUUUAUGAAUCAGAAAAAAAAUCUGGCCCACACACACAAUCAGCAGGAAAAAACUCCCAUCCCUUGUCUCAAAUGUUUUUUUUAAUUAAUUUGUUGGAAAGAGUUAUUGUGAUGGUUUACUUAUUCCAUGUUUCUCUUUGUUUUGUCAGUGCCUUUGCCACAUGGAGUAGCGAACACAACUUGCACAAGCACAUCCAAACCAACCACUACACCAGUGAAAGGAGCAGCCAGCAGCAGCCCAGCAGCAAGGCCCUCAACAUCAACACCAACCACACACACACUGAACGCUCCUACAGCGGGGGUCCUGCUGCGGGUCCUGGUGCUGCUGGGCUUCUCCGUCCUGACCCUGGUGGUUCUGCUCCGCCUCAUUGGCUGGUGGAGAACCAGAGGUAACAAGGCGGCAACAGAAGAGUGCAUUGGUCUGAACUCUGCCAGCGACGCCCCGCCAGCCAGAGAACGCCUCGGCCCAGGGGCCAUUGACCAGCAGCAGCACACUGUGGAUAUGGACCUGGACUGGGCUCCCAGGGGCCCCUCUGUGGUCCAGCGUGGUGGGCAGAGGGCCGUAGGCUCAGCACAGGACCAAGAGGAUCCUGGUGAACUUAGCGAUGCGGCUACCUAUGAAAACCUGAGGGCCCCUCCCAGAUGUGUUGGGGACACUGCAGACACAGGGGCGUCCAUUUUCUCACCGUCCACCAACUGUCAAAAUGACAAACGUCUGGAUAACACGUGAGGAA